AUGGAGUUAAGUGUUCAUCACCUGUAUGAGGUGUUAUCUCGUGCACCCGCAUACCUUAAUUGUAAGUUUAGGAGUGUAUCCCCCGUAGUAGAUUUCUCGAUGGAGCUCAAUUAUUGCCGUCAACAAGCCCGCAACAUGCUUCAACGCGGCGACAUGCACGUUUUCGCUUUCCCUGACGUUCCAGCACCUAUGGGGAUGGACUUCUAUCAUUUAUUCGAUAAUGGUCCUUCACCAGGAUUGCCAAUUCAAUUCUUGAACUUAUUUAACAGUUAUUGGAGAAUCCUCGCUUCGUGGAAUGGGUUGGUCCUGGUUGAAUUUGAGAUAGUGGAUACGGGUGUUGAACAUCGAUGGUUACCCCCAUAUGUGAUCAAGGAAUUUAACUUUGUUGAAUAUGAUUGGCAGGUUAUCGAAGGUGAUCUUAAUUUCGGGCUAAGGGGUUUGGAACUGUAUCAAGUUGCAGUUGUCAAUGAUACUUUGUACAUUAUGUCAACCACUAUCGAUUACAGCGAUGAAGAGCAUUCAGUUUCGGAGGAUAAUCCACCCCCAUUCAUAGGGAAAUACUCAUUUGGGGAAAAGAAAAAAUCCACCCUACCCCUGCCUAUUGAGGCUGCUCAGGAUCCUUUUCAUGGUGAAUACGGGGUCUUCAAAUGGGGUAGCCGAUGGACGUCAACCGAGUCUCUGUGUCUAGUUCGAAAUAUUGGAUCGACCUUUACUUUUUGGACUUCUUCUUUAGAAGGUGCGCCUGGUUCAUGGGUCCUUAUUCAAAACCUGAACAUAGGACAGCUGGGGAUUCUUGACGAUCUAAUCAAGGGUUUCACUGUUGUUAAUGGAGAAUGUUUGAUAUUCGCCACAAGGUUCGCGGUGUAUGGUUUCAAUGUAAACGGCGAUUAUCCGUGGAAAUUCAAAGUUCUUGGUCCAAACACAAGGAAUACUUAUGUCAAAUUCAUCUCUUAUUCGAGUACCUUUAGGCCUGUAAACUCGUCUAUCCAAACUACCUUUCGGAAUCUUCUUGCAUUAUUAACAAUAUAA